GCUAAUAAAAUUUGUUAGUUUUCAAACGAUAACGUAUGUAACUUCAUAAAUUUAAUAGUUUAAUAGUGUUAAAAUGACCGGUUUAUAUAUAUUAUUCUUUGCCAUGCUUAUGGCAACAGCAAAUACACAAAAUCUCAAAUUACCCAGUGAUUGUUACCCAAAUUCGAAAUGUCCGUUAAAUGAUGAUGGUUAUGCAAUCCAUCUUCCUGAUAGUAACAACUGCCACAAAUUUUUUAAAUGUACAAGAGGAAUGGCAUGUUUAAAGGAAUGUCCACACUAUGGCAAUGGAAAUCAAUUAGUGUUUAAUCCGAAAGAACAAGUUUGCGAUUGGCCAUUUAACGUUCCAAAUCUACCAAAUUGCAUUUAUCCAGGGCAAUCAAUUUCAACAUCAUCUAUUAAAACAGAAACGACGACAUCACCACCGACGACACCGUCAACGACGACACCGUCAACGACGACACCGCCAACGACGACAUCGCCAACGACGACAUCGCCAACGACGACAUCGCCAACGACGACAUCGCCAACGACGACAGAGUCAACGACGACAUCGCCAACGACGACAGAGUCAACGACGACAAAGUCAACGACGACAUCGCCAACGACGACAGAGUCAACGACGACAAAGUCAACAACGACAUCAUCAACGACUCCAGAAAUACCAUCAACACCUUGUACAACAAAAAAUAUAGAGGAUAAAGAGGAUUGCAGAUACUAUUAUGUAUAUGAUUGCAAAACUGAAACAAAGCAAAGACAGAAAUGCCAAGAAGGACUCGUUUUCAAUCCGAUAAUCGAAAGUUGCGACAGACCAAAGAAUUAUCCUUGUUCAACGACAAGUUCUCCACUUCGAAAAUAAAUGUAAUAAUGGGGAAGAAAAAUUUUCUGGAUUUUGCUGUUGAAAUAUAUUGAAACGAUUUCUAGAGAGAGAAAAAUAAUUUCAUCAAAAAUUGAACGUGUUACAUAUUUUACGAAGAUGAUUGUGUUUUUAGAUUAAUCAAAGAAUAUUAUUGUGAUAGCAAGAUUUAAAAAAAAUAAAACAUUCAAAAUUGUA